UCACAAACUAGCAAAGGCAAUUCACCGCGACUUGCACUGCACCUACACGAGACAAGCCACACAUCCACGCGAGACAACCGCCACUGAUAGAAGGUACCGCGAGCCAUACCCAGUCGCGUCCCACCAUGAGGCACAGCCCCGUAAUCGCGUUGCUGCUGAUCCUCGGCGCGUUUCUGUUAGCAGCGCAGCCAUCCAGAGGCGCACCACGCCAGUGGCGCAAUGGUGUCAAUUCCCAGAAUUUCGCGGCGCCCGCUAGAGGAAACGCGGGAAAAUUCCAGACUCCAACUGCCGCGGAUUCAGCCGUGUACAUCGUGCGCCUGAGCACGGCGCCUCCCCUCUCCGAGUACCGCGGCGGAAUCGCGGGGUACCCCGCCACUGCCACGUGGGAAGACGGCAGCGACGAGGAGGAGAACGACGACGACCGCGUGCCGGAGAUGCUUCUCGCGGCCGACGAUUCCGGCGCAGCAGGCGGCGAAUCCGAGUCAGAGCCCGAGUCCGUCGACUUGGACGACAACGCCGAUCAGCACUUCCCCAACGCAACUGCGCCAGCGCCAGCAGAUGCGGCGCCUGAAACCAGUUCGACUUCCAGCGCACGCGGUGGUCGUGGGAAUGGUGGUAGCAGCAGCGGCAGCGGAGGUUGCGCGCGGCACAGGCUGCAUCUGAGCAUGGACCGCCCCCAGGUGGCAGCGUUCGCGUCGCUGCUGCAGCGGCAGCAGGCGCAGGUGGCAUCUGAGGCGGGCGUGGGCGACGGCGACCUGCUGUACAGCUUCAAGCACACGUCCAACGGCUUCGCCGCGCGCCUCACCCCGCGCCAGGCGUGGCGCCUGCAGCGCCAUCCCGCCGUGGCGUCCGUGCGCCGCAGCCGCGUGUUCCAGCGGCGGACCAGCGACUCGCCCAAGUUCCUGGGGCUCCCCGGAAAGGUGUGGCCCGCCGUGGGCGGACAGAGCAAGGCGGGCGACGGCACGGUGGUGGGGAUCAUCGACACGGGCAUCUGGCCCGAACACCCCUCGUUCUCCGACAAGGGGUUUAGUUCGAACUUCCCCUCUGGGUGGAAGGGUAAAUGCGAGCAGUCCAACUCGUUCCGAUGCAACAACAAGGUGAUCGGCGCCAAGGCGUUCUACACCGGGUUUCAGCGGGCCAGCGGCAAGCCCGCGCUGGCGAACGACUGGCUCACGCCACGAGACGCGGACGGGCAUGGCACGUGGUGCGCGGGCGCGGCGGCGGGGAGCCCGGUGGGGCUGCAGGGCGGCGGGCAGGUGAGCGGCAUGGCGCCGGCCGCGCGGAUCGCGGCGUACAAGGUGUUCUGGACGGACCGCAGCAGCGGGGAAAUGUAUGCGGACGAGUCAGACAUCAUCGCAGCCGUCAAUCAGGGCGUGGCGGACGGCGUGGAUGUGCUGUCGCUGUCCCUGGGGGGCAUGGAUCCCAACGACAACUAUUUCAACGACCUGGCUUUUAUGCGGGCCAACGCUGCCGGGGUGUUCGUUGCCUUUGCUGCUGGUAAUUCUGGCGCUCCGGGCCAGUCGCAGGGGGGUGGUUACCGCACGGUGGACAACUUCGCACCCUUCUUUCUGACUGUGGGCGCCAGCACCAUCGCACGGGGAGCGUCCCUAGCUUCGGCCGCAGCAGCAGCCGGCACUCAGUCGCUCCCCCUCAACGCCAUUGCCGGCGCCGCCAGCACCAACAGCACUGUCAACUGCAACGGCACUGGCAGCGGCAACAGCACAGGCAACGGCACCAUGCCAGGUGAUGGCAGCGGCACCACUUUCACUGCCGACGGAGGUAUCACCUUCGCCACCUCCUCCUCCUCCGCCCCGGUGGUUGCUGACUUCUCGUCCCGCGGCCCCCUCAUACCGCCCUCUGCCACGGCCCAGCCCCCCCAACCAGGCAACGCCAUCCUCAAGCCCGACAUCAUCGGCCCCGGCGUGGACCUCCUAGCCGCUGCUCCUGGGAAGAAAGUCGGCGACCCCGGCGCCCUCGCCCGCCUCUCGGGUACUUCCAUGGCCACCCCUCAUUUGGCGGGGCUGGCCGCGUUAAUUAUCCAGAAAUUCCCCAACUGGAGCCCGGCGCAGGUGAUGUCGGCGAUGAUGACGACGGCGCGGGUGACUGACACGAGCAGCAGCCCCAUCAAGAGCUCCACUGGCGGGGAUGCCACCCCCUGGGAGAUGGGGGCAGGCCAUGUGUUCCCCCCUGCCAUGCUCAACCCCGGCCUCACCUACGACGCCCGAGACAAAGACUACCAGAAUUUCCUGGCCGGGCAGGAUCUGACCCGGGCGAAAAAGGAGUUCCCAGGGGUGUCGCUCUCCCCCCUGGCUGUGCGCAAUCUCAACCUUCCCACCAUCACUCUGCCGCGCCUGCAGGGCUCGAUUCAGGUGACUCGCACGGUCACCAAUGUGGGAGGGGCCCAGUCCACAUACAGUGUAUCUGGGAAGGCGCCAGCAGGGGUGAAGGUGACAGUGGCGCCUAAGAGCCUCACGGUUGGUGCCGGGCAGAAGGCGAGUUAUACUCUGACGCUCACCGUGGAUACACCCAGCAAGGACUUCAAGUACGGGUAUAUAGUGUGGGCGGAUGACCAGGGCCACAGCGUGCGGUCCCCCCUCGUGGUGCAGCCGCUCUCGCGCUAAAGGGGGAGAGGGUGAGUGCUUGCUGCUCUUGCAGUAAGGGCAUGGGUGCUGUGCGGUGCUGUCCUGGCUGCUAGUGGUGCGGCUGAUGCUACGGCUGGGAGCGUGUAGUGGGUCAUUGGUCGAAAUGUGAUGGAUGGACACGGGGGUUCAGCCAGGCAAGGGCAAGGUUUGGUUCGUCCUGGCAGCCUCACAUGUUACAGGGAUGACCUCUGUCCCUGGCCACGUGAAGACCCUGCUUUUAGGCUCCAGCCGGUUAAGGCUAUUGCCUCAACUCUACAGCGUUUAGGAGCAUGUCAGGAUGUGACCGUACCACCUGUAUACAUGGUGCCAUUAUUUAUUCCAGGUUUUGUUGGCAUCUCUGCCUCUGCAUGUCC